AUGAGCUUAGACAGCAGGAGCCGAAGCAGAAGCAGGAGCAGGAGCAGGAGCAGAAGCCCGGUUGUUCGUAAGAUGCGUACUGAGAGGUAUUCCUAUCGUGAUGCACCAUAUAGGCGUGAUGCACCGUAUAGGCGGGAGUCGAGGCGGGGUUUCAGUGAGAGCAAUUUGUGCAAAAAUUGUAAAAGGCCAGGCCACUUUGCUAGAGAAUGCCCCAAUGUGGCCAUUUGUCACAACUGCGGUCUUCCUGGGCACAUCGCAUCAGAAUGCACCACGAAAUCCCUGUGCUGGAACUGUCGUGAGCCGGGCCACAUGGCGGGAAACUGCCCAAACGAGGGCAUUUGCCACACUUGUGGCAAGGCCGGUCACCGUGCCCGUGACUGCUCGGCCCCUCAGCUGCCACCUGGCGACCUGAGGCUGUGCAACAACUGCUUCAAGCAAGGCCACAUAUCGGCUGACUGUACCAAUGACAAGGCGUGCAAGAACUGUAGGAAAACGGGCCACCUCGUACGUGACUGCACAAACGAGCCCGUCUGUAACCUUUGUAACGUGUCCGGGCACGUGGCUAGAAGCUGCCCGAAGGCCGGAAUGCUCGACGAGAGGGGUGGGGCCCGCGGGGGCGGGUAUUUUCGGGAGAUUGUCUGUAGGACAUGUCAGCAAGUGGGACACAUCAGCAGGGAUUGUACGUCCAUCGUUAUAUGCCAUAACUGUGGGGGGAGAGGCCACAUGGCGUUUGAGUGCCCGUCCGGGAGGUUUGUUGAACGUUUUCCCAGGAGGUACUAA